AAAGACAGAGUACAGGUAAUGUUACGCUCGCCAUGGCGAUCUCCUUGCCAUGUAGCUCGGCUAGUUCGCCCGGCCAAGCUCAGCCCAGUUCACGCGCCUCCGCGUCCGGACUUCGACCGCCGUAACAACGGACAAUGAGAUUCUUGCUCUCUGUGCCGCUGCUGGCGGCCGCCGCCCUGGCUGCCGACCAGGGACGUCCUAGCCUCAAAAAUGCUGUCUUCAAGAAUCCGAAAGCUCCGGUCGAGGCUCGCGUGGCCGACCUCCUGUCGCGGAUGACCAUCGAGGAGAAGACGUCCCAGCUUCUUCAGGGUGACAUUCGGAACUGGAUGAACGACACCACCGGUGCUUUCAACCAAACCGGCCUGGCCUGGAGCACCCAAUAUAGGGGAGGCUCCUUCUACGUCGGCGUCGCCGUGCCGAACGAAUGGAUCUCCGAGCAGAUCAAGAAUGCCCAGGACUACAUUCAAAACAGCACCUACCUCGGCAUCCCCGCGUUCGUGCAGACCGAAGGCAUCCACGGCUUCCUUGUCUUCAAUGCGACUAUUUUCAACUCUCCUAUCGGCCAGGCCUGCUCGUGGAACCCGGAAUUGGUCGAGGAGAUGGCGAUCGCCAUCGGCAAGGAAGCCAGGGCCAUGGGCGUAAACCAGCUCUUUGCCCCCCUCGCCGACCUUGCACGCGAGCUCCGCCACGGCCGCGUCGAGGAGAUGUACGGCGAGGAUGGCUUCCUGGCGGGAGAGCUUGCCCGCGCAUAUGUCAAAGGCGUCCAGUCGACAGGCGUCAGCGCAAUGGUCAAGCACUUUGCCGCCUUUGGAGUCACAGAGCAGGGCCUGAAUACGGGCCCCGUCCACGGCGGCGAGAGGGAGCGCCGGACCACCUUCCUACCCUCGUACAAGAAGGCCAUCAUCGACGGGGGCGCCUUUGCCAUCAUGACGGCAUACCACUGCUACGACGGCAUCCCCGCCGUCGCGGACGCCCACCUGCUUACCGACAUUCUCCGCGACGAGUGGGGGUACAAGUACUUCACCAUGACCGACGCCGGCGCCUCGGACCGCCUCUGCAACGACUUCAAGAUGUGCGCGUCGAACCCCAUUGACAAGGCUGCGAUCGUGCAAUACAUCCUCCCGGCGGGCGGCGAUACCGAGAUGGGAGGCGGGUCCUACUCCUUCGAGCAGAUCCCUGCCCUGGUGUCGAGCGGCAAGCUUGACCAGAAGCUUGUCGAUACCGCUGUCUCGCGCGUCCUCAGGGCCAAGUUCGAACUCGGCCUCUUCGAGAACCCGUUCCCGGGCCUCCCGUCCAGCCAGUGGAACACGACCAUCCAUACAGCUGAGCACGUGGCCCUCGCGAAGAAACUCGACGAGGAAUCCAUCGUGCUUCUCGAGAACCACAACAAGGUGCUGCCCCUGCGCAAAAACGCGUCCGUCGCUGUCAUCGGGCCGAUGGCACAUGGCUUCAUGAACUACGGCGACUACGUGAUUGCUAAUUCUUCCACCCGGGGCGUCACCCCUCUCGACGGCAUCCAAGCCGUGAGCACGGGCAAGGUCACGUAUGCCAAGGGCUGCGAGCGCUGGUCUACAUCCCAGGAUGGUUUCCCCGAGGCUGUUGCGGCCGCCGAGGCUGCUGACGUCGCUGUCGUUGUGGUGGGCACAUGGAGUCGCGACCAGAACGAGUUGUGGGAGGGUCUCAACGCCACGACCGGCGAGCACGUCGAUGUCGACAACCUUGACCUGGUUGGCGCCCAGGAGCCACUCGUGCGCGCCAUCGUCGCGACGGGGAAGCCCACCGUCGUUGUCUUCUCGUCCGGCAAGCCCAUCACGGCUCCGUGGAUCUCGGAGAACGCGGCAGCGCUAGUGCAGCAGUUCUACCCCUCCGAACAGGGAGGCGCCGCGCUGGCGUCGGUUCUUUUCGGUGAUGUGAACCCUAGCGGCAAGCUCGCCGUCAGCUUUCCCCGCAGCGUCGGUGACCUGCCCGUCUACUACGACCACCUCAAUUCGGGCCGCGACGCGUUCCCGGACGCCGGCGUGGCCUACGAGAAUGGCACGCUCGUCUUUGGUCAUCAGUAUGUCCUGGGCAACCCGACGCCUCUGUAUGAGUUCGGCUACGGCCUCAGCUACUCCACCUUUGUCUACAGCGACGUCGCCGCGGACAAACACACGGUGAGCGCCGAGGACACCGUCACCAUCAGCGUCACGGUGAAGAAUGUGUCGGACAGGGACGGAAAGGAGGUGGUCCAGCUGUACGUGAAGGACUUGAUUGCCAGUGUGGUCGUGCCCAACAUUCAGUUGAAGGGGUUCCAAAAGGUCUCCCUGAAGGCCGGGGAGAGCAAACGAGUUAGCAUCAAGGUCAGCAUGCAGGACCUUGGCGUGUGGGACGUGAGGAUGAAGUACGUUGUUGAGCCAGGAGACUUUCUGUUUAUUGUCGGCGCCUCGAGCAGCGAUUUCAGAGGCAAUGUUACUGUCACGCUCAAGUAGGCAGGAUCAAGAGGUGACGUAAUCGAGUGUAGACUAGGAUUAACAAGUAGUUCAUUUUGUUGCGAAGAUGGAACGGGUGUAAUCAAUUGGGGCAGGCCAACAUCCCACAGCCGCCACGCAGGUGAGCUCC